CCGCUGCUUUGCGCCAAAGGCCAAAACGACAUGGAGGUUGUGCGGUUGACACGUGCGUUUCGGCUGGGUCAGCUGUGGGCUAAACAAGCUCCACUAGUCAUUCCAUCCACGAGAUGCCUGAAUCUGCACGAAUACCAGAGCAAGCAGCUGAUGGCAAACAACGGCGUGACUGUCCAGCGGUUCAAAGUUGCGGGGAACAUGUUGGAAGCUCAGGAAAUUUCGAAAACACUCAAUGUCGAGGAGUUCGUCAUCAAGGCACAAAUCCUUGCCGGUGGAAGGGGCAAGGGAACGUUCAGUAGUGGAUUGCGAGGUGGCGUGAAGCUCACAAAGGACCCUGCUCAAGUGUCGGAGCUCGUGGAAAAGAUGCUCGGCUACAAAUUGGUCACAAAACAGACUCCAAAAGAAGGCGUGCUUGUGAAUAAGGUGAUGAUAGCGGAGGCCAUGGACAUAGCUCGAGAGACAUACCUGGCCAUUCUGAUGGAUCGCAGCUUCAAUGGGCCCGUCAUUGUUGCCAGUCCAGCCGGUGGAGUCGACAUUGAGGACGUCGCCGAAAAGACUCCCCAACUCAUCUUCAAGGAACCGAUAAGCAUUCAGGAAGGCAUAACAGACGAGCAAGCAAGGACUGUUGCCAAGAACCUCAACUUCAAGGGACCUCUGCUUGAUCAGGCAGCUGAGCAAAUAAAGCACCUGUACAACCUCUUUAUCAAGGUGGAUGCAACACAGGUGGAGGUCAAUCCCUUUGGAGAGACUCCAGAUGGCAGGGUGGUGUGCUUCGAUGCCAAGAUAAACUUUGACGACAAUGCGGCCUUCAGGCAGCGUGAUAUCUUUGCCCAAGAAGACGUGUCCGAGAGUGAUCCCAGAGAAGUGGAGGCAGCCAGGAACCACCUCAACUACAUUGGCAUGGAUGGGAACAUUGCCUGCCUGGUGAAUGGGGCAGGGCUUGCCAUGGCUACCAUGGACAUUAUUCAGCUGCACGGGGGAUCACCUGCAAACUUCCUCGACGUGGGCGGGAGCGUUCAGGAAGACCAGGUUACACAAGCCUUCAAAAUUCUUACGGAGGACCCCAAGGUCAAAGCGGUCCUUGUCAACAUCUUUGGGGGCAUUGUCAACUGCGCCACCAUUGCUAACGGAAUCACAAGUGCCUGCCGAACCAUCAACCUCAAGGUUCCCCUGGUUGUGAGGUUAGAAGGUACCAACGUGGAUGAAGCGCGGCUGAUUUUGAAGAACAGUGGCCUUGCCAUCACCCCUGCCAGUGACCUGGAGGAUGCUGCUCGGAAAGCGGUUGCAAGCCUAAAGUGACGGAACUGCCUCUUCCUCUGUGCCUUCUAGCACUCAAGCUUGCGGCGAGAAUUUGGGAGCAGCAGUGCACUAACUUCUUGCUGUAAAAGCUCCUCGCAAUCUUUUUGCAUACUGUGCAGAUACUUCAUAGAAAGCAAACAAGUGCCCGAGGCUCUUGGGGGAAUAUUUUGCUGUACCAUUGUGCCAUUAUAUUUGCUAACAGGACAGCUUUUUCGCAGAUGAAACACAAGUGCUGUUCUGAAUAAACACUAUACCAAGUUGAA